GCCAUUUUGUGAUAGACCAUGUAAACACACAUACAUCAUGAUAUUUUGCAUCUUUUAUAAAAAUUGAAUGACAUUGAUGUGUCAGCGGAAGGGUUGAAUUGUUAUUUCUGGAAUUUGAUGUAAUAAACAACAUAUCAAAACAAACAGUAAUCACAUCAGUAUUAUACUCUCGGUAUUUUCAUAAUAAGAUGGAGUCAUGUGAAGUGGAUGAAGAAAAUGUUAUAAAUGAAAAUAAAUUGCCGGCUAUUACAUGGGAACCCAUUCCGGCGGACAUUUUGUUUCCAAGUGAAUUGAAUCAGCACCUUAAAGAUGAGAUAAAGUAUUUGGUGCAAGAGAACACAAUGUUGAAGAAAAACGUUCACGAACUUGAGAAAAAUGUAAAUAAUCAAGAUGCACAAUUAACUGAGUACAAGCUCAAGGAACAACAACAAAAUAACGAACAAUUCCACGUUAAUGAUAUUACCAGAGCUAAAAUAAUAGAACUAUCAAAGAAACUUAGAGAAAAAUCUGCGGAAUUACUGCAUUAUAAGACAAAAUGUUCAAAAUUGGAUCAGAGCCUAGCUAUAAUGAAACAGAACGAGGCUGAUCGAGCAGAAUCAAGUAGAAGUUCACAAGUUGAAGAAAAACCUGAAAAACCGCCAGAGUCGGAACUUAAGUUGUUAAACGAUAAAAUAACUCACUUGAAUUCUAAAUUAUUCGAAGAAAAGAAUCAUGCUUUAUCUUUAAAGAAUGAACUUAAAUUAGCAGUGAAAAUAUUACAAGAAGAAGUUGGGGAACCAUUUGAAAACAUUCAACAAUUAUCGAGUAAUAUUCAUUGGAAAGGUAGAGCGCAAGUUAUUGCAGAGUUACAGUACAAAUUACAAGAAUCUAAAGAAAAAUUGAAGAAUUAUCAGGAUAAUUGUAAUAAACCAAGCGAUGGUACAUUGAAAAAGACUUAUUUUGAACAGAAAAAUAUAAAAUUAGGCAGGGAAAUUGAUAGUUUAAAAAGCGAGAUUGAAGCUCUCAAUAAAAAAUUAGAUCAUAAUAGGUUAAAGAUGAAACACAUUGAUGCAGAGUGUAAUAACUGGAGAUUGAAAUAUUCACAUAUGGCUGAUCAACUGGAUAAAGAACGUAAUCUUAUAAAUACUGUCACAGCGACACAUUCAAAUAGUCAAUUAACUCUUUCUGAGAAUCUCAAACGUCGUGAUCGUCAAGUGGAUAAACUACAAAAGGAAAAUAAAGAACUAAAAUUGCAGCUUAAGUCAAAAGAAUGCGAUAUUGAGAAUCUCAAUAAACGAAUUCAAGAAAAAGAACAAAUUGCUCCAAGUAAGGUGUCUCAACCACCAAACACACCUAAUAAAUCAUUAACUCCAAAUCAAAUGGAUGCUGAUCGUCUAAGAUUAUUGGAACUUUCGAAAGUAUAUUCACAACGUGUACAAAAAGAAAGAGAAGAUAAACAGUCGUUGGAGUUAUUAUAUAGAAGUGAACGGCAGAAAGCUGCUAAGUUAGAAGCUAAUUUAGCAAGAGCAAAAUUACAAGAAUCUGAAAAGACUUCGCAGAGUUCUUACGCUUCGCUGAUAGCGCGACCUACGUAUGAGGAGAACGUCGAAUUUAAGUUGGAGAUUGCCGAGGAGAAGAUAAAGGCGCUGGAGACAAGGUUGCGCAUUGAAAAGACUGAACGCGAGCAAGAUAUGCGCGAUUUUAGUGAGAUAGUACAAAAUUAUCGACAGUAGACUACGUAGAAUUGAAUAUGUAAACAUUUGAAAGAAAUUGUCAAAAGAACAA